GCGUCCUCCUCCUGGCUUCCCAGACGGCUGAGGGAGCCGCCGCCGCUGCAGGGGCCGCGCCGGGGAUGCCCAGCGCGGGCGCCGCCGCUCUCCUCCGCGCGCUGCUCGGCUGAAGGCGCACAGGACUCAAUUACUGGAAUUGUCAACUUUGCUGAUUUAUGUGCACAUUUCUCUUCCACUAUGAGCAGACCAAUUGCAUUGCACAUUUGUCUGGCAUUCUGUAGCCUUGUACUUGUCAACUUUGCCACACAAUGUGUGGCCUUCCCCAAAAUGGAAAGAAGGGAGAUAGCACAUGUUCAUGCAGAAACAGGGCAGCCUGAGAGGAUGAACACAGAUGACCUAGAAAAUAACUCUGUGACUUCAAAGUGCACUCCCCAGUUGGUGGUCUCUGAAGAUCCAGUGACGGUGUUAGCAGGACCAUCAGCAACGUCAGUAAAUGAAGUAUUUCCUACUAGCAAAGAAGCCCAUCCAGUAGGAGCUGGGCUCAUGCAGCCUAACAGCCCCAGCAUUUACACUGCUACCGAGACAGUGGUCCCUGCCGAGGUGGAAAUGUUUGUUUCCAGCCAGCCAGAGAGGGUGUCUCCUGAAAGCCAACUUUCCAAGGCCAUGCUAAUCAAUCCUAUCCCUGCAACUGCUCCUCUGAGUGUCGAAGAGAAGGAGGAACGCUUGAGUAGUACCAUCAUUCAGCCCAUCGUUGAAGGGACCACAGAAGCAACACGGGGUUUUCUGAACUAUGUGGAUGAUCAGUUGUUUGCAACUGAAAGUCAGGAAAGAGUUAGUUUGGGACAUUUACCUUCAUCUGAUAUGAAUACUAAAGGAAUGCUAACUGCCAGUCCCAGGACUGAGAAAUUUGAAGCAGACACAGAACACAGGGCAGCUUUUUUUCCUGGUGCUGAGCCCGUAGUGGGCACGGAGCCUGGAAGCCCCAUGCCUGAGAGGGAGAAGCCUUCGCAGAUGACAGCUGAUCGUACCCAGACUGCUGCCAUCAAGCACUGGCUCACAACCUCUGAGUACACCCUGAGUGUUGAGCCAGAAACUGACAGGCUGCUGGGAGCCCCAGGAAUCCCAGUGAGUGUCAGCAUGGCUGUUCCAGCUGCCUCUGUCGGAAGUGAUGAGUGGGAUGACACCAAGUUAGAGAGUGUAAGCCAGAUACAGACCCCAAAGCUUGGAGACAACAGAGAGACUCAGGUGGGAGUGGAAAUGUCUCAGACAGCCCAGGAAACCGAUAAUGACCCUAUGGAAGGUAUGGAAGAGGGCAAACCUAUGACCGAGGCUGCAGAGGUGGCUCUGGGGAUCCUAGAAGGGGAAACACCCAUGCGGACAGCCCUGCUAAUGGCACAUGGGGAGGCGCCAUCAUCUGCCUUCGCCGAUCAAAGUUCCUUUACUCCCACAAGUCCUAUGGAAGAUAGGAAAGUCUCUGUUGUCAGCCUCUUCCAAGAUACUGCAGACUUCAUGGAGUCCACUAGGGAAAAUGAUGCAAUGGUUUUCUUAGAGACCCCUGUUUCCAUCUCAGAAUAUGAAUCUGAGGCUCAUCAACCAUUGGGAAAUACACUGAAAGACAUCAUCACUCAAGAGAUGACAACAGCUGUUCAAGAAGCAGAAGCCACUUUAUCACUGGUGACACAAGAGCAGCAGGUUUCUAGCCUCGAGGUUACUGGAGAAAAUUGUAAGACUGGGGAAGGGAGAGAGCCCCCCUCCACCACAUCUGGUGUUCCUGCUGUUACUCAGCUGUCCAGGAGGUGGGAACCUCUGUCCACUACAGUUUCAACUACAGCCUUGCCUCUCUCUUUUGAAGUCACUUCUGCUCUGGAAGACCUAAUAGACACUGUGACGGGGCCAAACGAGGAAUUGUUCACACCAGUUUGGGGCUCUCCAGUGACUCCCCCUGGAAUAAUGGAGGAAGCCCCCAGCCUUUUCCCAGCACUUCCUGAUUCUGAGGCUUCCUCGGAGAGAAGAACCGUUGUCCCAUCCAUUAGCCAUGUUAAUACGGCUGCCUCAUAUGGCCUGGACCAACUUGAAUCUGAAGAGGGAGAAGAAGAUGCGGAUGAAGAGGAUGAGGAGGAGGAAGAUGAAGAAGAGGAAGAUGAGGAGGAAGAUGAAGAAGAUAAAGACGCAGAGUCCCUGGAUGAGAGCUUGGACGGUGACGCUGAACUGCCUGGGUUCACUCUCCCUGGCAUUGCGUCUCAAGAACCUGGCUCAGAGCAGGGAAACCUGGGCCCUUUGGAUGGAGCUACCUACCAGGUGCCAGACGCCAUCAAGUGGGAACAGCAGAAUCAGGGCCUGGUGAGAAGCUGGAUGGAAAAACUAAAAGACAAGGCUGGCUACAUGUCUGGAAUGCUGGUUCCUGUAGGGGUCGGGAUAGCCGGUGCCUUGUUCAUCUUGGGAGCGCUCUACAGCAUUAAGGUUAUGAAUCGCCGAAGGAGAAACGGCUUCAAAAGGCAUAAAAGAAAGCAGAGAGAAUUCAACAGCAUGCAAGACCGAGUCAUGCUCUUAGCCGACAGCUCUGAAGAUGAGUUUUGAAUCCGACGGGAGUUUCACUGGAAUAUUCACCUGUGUUAUUAUUUUACUUUUUAUUUUGGGGGCAAAAGAAGAACAGCAGCCUGCCACAUCACUGCUGUCAGGCCAUCGGGCUCAUUAUCUUCCGGGCAGUAGGUUUCUCUUGUACUGAGCAGGAAAGGCAUGUUGUAGACUCACUGUAAUAUGCCCUGCUUGUUUUUCUUUGGUAGUGAAUUUUCCACAACCAUAGGCUAUCACUCAUCAAUAUGCAGCGCACAUGUUGCUCACUAGGAGUUGCUAGGUAAAUAUUUUGUAUUUUUCCAAAGGGCCUUUUCCUUGGUUUACCUGCACUAAGCAUAACAAUUAUUGCUGCCAAGGCAUAUGUUGACUCUGAAAUAGAAAUCUUAACAGAGUAGCUCGUGGUGACUGCGUUCGGCCCCCUUGAGGCUGUAGGCUUCUGGGCCACGGUACAUCCUACGUUUGCAUCAAAACGAGCAGCAAGUUGGAAUGAAAUCUUCUUUGUCAAGAUCUCUUGGUGCAUUAGGAUUAUGUGUAGAUUUGUAUCUAUCUUGCAUUCUAUACUCCAGUCUCCCAGUUUUAUUAUUUUGCAUCUUCUAUCUUAUUCUCAUUCUUGGCAGGAAAAAAAAAUGCACCAGAAAUAACGCAUUAAAUGGACUCUCAGUCUUAAUGUAAACUUGCUUUCUUAGUGUAAUUGAGUCUGACAGACGUAUCCGUGGAUGCUUACAUGUUUAUCAAUAAGAGGUGUUCUUUUUGUGUAUAAUUUGACUUUGCAAGAAGAAAUGAGGAAGAAAUCAAGAAGUGAGGCAGGUAAGCUCUCAGAGCAUUUCUAUCUGCCAUUCACUAUUGUGAAUUAUUCAGAGCAUUGCUUUGCUACUUCUGGGGGCUUGGCCAUGGAAUGAUGGGGCCACCGUUGGUUCUUAUUUGGCUUUAUUAGAAAACGGACAUCCUGUGGUAGAUGUAGCUUCAGUGGCCAGAGUCCCAGCCUUUCUCAGGGCAUUCCCUUUUGGGGAUGUUGGCCUACGCUAGAUCAUUUCUCAUUUCUUUUGGAGUGUAAUUCCUUGCCCUAUCUUUUGAAUCUGAGUAUUUAAGUUGAAUUUUUAGGUAAAGACCUGGCUCAUUUGCGUGGAAGACUAAAGGUUCCUGGUAACACUGUCCUUACUGCUUGACACAUAGAGAACUUGUUCACAUCUAUGGGAGCGUGCUCUGCUGUAUUCGAGGCAAACUGCACAGUUAUUUCUCAGAGCUACUGUAUGGGCUAGGACAGAUGUUUUUGUUCUCUCAUUUGACUGGAGACAGAACUGAAGCAGAGAAGGGAAAUGAUUAUCCAAAAUUAUCCCCACAAACAAUCAGGACAAGAACCUACUUGGACUCAAAACUGUGUACCCGAUCAUCAUUCAAUGCCCUUCCACAUACUUUGCAGGAAGCAGUGACAUUUCAGAGUCCUUCUUUAAAACCAAGAUUCUAAGGAAAUAUAGGAGACCCUUGAACAACAGGGGACUGUGCUUGCAUGGGUCCACUUCUACGUGGAUUUUUUUCAAGACAGUACAGUACUGUAAACAUGUUUUCUCUUCCUUAGGAUUAUCUUAACAUUUUCUUUUCUCUAGCUGACUGAUUGUAAGAACACAGUAUAUAAAACAUAUUAUAUGUGAAACAUGUUCAUUGGCUGUUUAUGUUACCAGUAAGGCUUCUGGUCAAUAGUAGGCUAUUAGUAGAGGUUUUGGAGAGUCAGAAGUUAUAUGUGGAUUUUCAGCUGUGCAGGGGGGUUUGCACCCUGAACCCCUGUGUUGUUCAAGAGUCAACUUAGUUGGUUGGCCAAGGAUCAUUUCACAUGAAUUCCUGUCUUUGUUAAAUGAACGAUGCCUUACAAACUUCCCUCGUACACAAGUUCUUUUCCUCUCCCACCUCAUGAUUUCCUUCAAAACCACAUAAAUUUAAGUAUCCCUCUAGAGAACUAAUAGAGAAACCUUUCUAGAAUACGUUCUUGAAUGAUAGCUAGCUUACAAGAAUGUUUUCAUCAAAUAAUUUUUUUUUUGCCAAGAGAUGUAAGCAAAUGUGUGAAAAGGGUCAAGAGAAAAUGAGAAGCUAUAUAUAAUCAAAUAGAAGUUAACAAUUGAUAACUAAGCUCAAGGUCAGGUUUUAAAAAUAAAAUUCAGAACCAUGACGCUCAGAAGUAAUUUGUAAUUUCACGAGCAGAGACAUCCUGCUAUUGCAUAGGGUAUGUUUGCCUUUUCUUAGAGCAGCCCCUUGCUGUAAGUGUUCCUAAGGUUAGGGGGAGGUGGGCAUGAUGUGGUGUUACUGUUUCUGUAUUCUUGACAAGCUAUUUAUAGCAAACACACAAUAGGCCAUUUCAUUCAGCAACACAUGGGCGAUGCUGAUGGCUAUUAAUGCCUUGGGCUACUCAUAGUCUGUAGUUUCAACUAGAUCAUGCCUAAGAGGUUGAUCUUUCAAACCACAGAUAAAGUCACAAAUAAUGGACACGUAUUUUAAUUUAUUCCAGAAGGCUGUAGGGAUGACGUGUGCAUUUAGGCCUCAGCAGAAAUGGCCCUGCGGUCCUUUUUGGGACAGGUGACUGUUACAAGAAAAAGAGAUGACUUAGAUCACAGUGGAGUUCUAUACAAACCCAUUUCAACACUGGGUUGGUGGAAGGUUCCGGGUUGUGUUUAUUUUGGCCAUUUUCUUCCCUGCCAAUAAUUGUGGAACACUGAUUUUCAGUGGUUGGCUGAAGUUAUUCAGAGGAUCAGAAAAGGUCAUGUUCUAAACAAAACCCGAGAUUAGGGGUGCUGCCACCAGACGAGGGUGCUGAGCUAGUGGUUAUACUGUAGUCCGAUUAAAAGUAGUAAGUCAGGCACCGGGUAGGUUUACUUAAAAUAAGUGAUUUAUCAGCUUAUAUUUGCACAUUAAAAAUAAAAAGGCAACUCUUGAUUCUAACAACUAAGCUUAAACCAUUUAGCAGCACAACAAGGAAAGCUGUCUGGCAAGGGGUGCUGUUAGCUGCAAGCUUCAGUUGCUAACAUCUUCCCUUCUGAACCAUAUUUACCCCCCUCAGACCUGCACGUGUUCCAAUGCAGGGACAGGAACUGUGUCUUAUUCUCAGAGGGGGAGGCAGUGUUCCCCAAACUCUGGCUCCUAAGAAUCAUACUUGUGCAACACACAGAUUCCAAGGCCCUGCCCCAGACCCAGUGAGUCAGAAUCUCCAGGGGAGGGGCGCCUGGGUGACUCAGUCAUUAAGCAUCUGCCUUCGGCUCAGGUCAUGAUCCCAGGGUCCUGCGAUCGAGCGCCGCAUUGGGCUCCCUGCUUGGCGGGAGGCCUGCUUCUCCCUCUCCCACUCCCCCUGUGUUCCCUCUCUCGCUGUCUCUCUCUCUCUCUCUCUCUCUCUCUCUCUCUCUCUCUGUCAGAAUCUCCAGGGGAGGACUUUGGGAUUCUUGUGCCCAGGAGUUAGAGAACAGAGCUGGGAGGACUCUAUCUAGAGAACAGCUUCCUUAUUAAAGACAAGGGAGAACAGGUCCCUUGGGGAAGAAACCCUUUCCCUAGUCAGUUAUCCAAUAAAUCACACCUGCCAUGGUGGAGAAAGGAAAACAAAAGGAAAGAGUAAAGGGUAGAAGUUUCUAGAAAGAAAAGAGAAUGCUGGGUCAGAGAGAAAGGGUUCCUCCCAUGUCCCUGAUGCCUUUUUCUCUAAUCAGAAGAUAGUACUUUUCUUUUAAACCUCUUCAGAUUUUCCUCUCCUGUAAGCUGCUCCUUUCAGUAGCUGCUGGCUUAAUUUAUAUGCAAUAUUUGGAGUUAAUUAGUAUCCCAGGGAAACAGAUUCCCUUAGCAAUGCUUUAGCCUUGGCUUUAGCUCAUAAACUGCCUCAGAAACAGUCUUCCAGAAACAUUUCUUAAAGUACCUGCAUCUCACAUAGGUCAAUAGUGUUGUGGGGAAAGUUUUAGAGCACCAUUUUAGAACAUAUUUAAAGUAGCUUUAGCAUGGUCAAUCAAAGCUUAUUCUUUAUUUUGUUAUUUUUUUUAAAGGCUAAGACUUAAAAGUCGAACAUUACAGAGAUAUCAGAAAAUAAUGUAGAGCAAACAUUCUGAAUGCCUGGUGCUUCUCUCCAUGCUCCUCCAAUUAUCUCCUUUAUGUGGAAAUCCAGAUGAAACGUCUUAUUUGGAAUCAUAUCCACAUCUUGGGGAGAGAAGCCUCAAAUCAUCCACAGGCAUCGUGAUUUCUGUGGAUAUGAAUAAUCAGUGUUUCUACCAGCUGCCAAAAAGCAGCUUUUGGGAGUAAGGUAUAUUGUCUGGCACAAAUUUUUAGCUGCGUGGCCUUUUGGCAAGAUAAGCUUUGUUAUGACUACAGGGAAAUCUGUUGAAAAAGAAGUCUCUACUUUUUAGGGUAUGUGAAGGUAUGGUUGCGAGGGAAGAAGUGUGGGCAGAAGAAGAAGGAAGAAAAAUCUUGAUGCAAUGCAGAUAUAAACAUGGCACAAAAUGCUGGAAUGUGCUAGAGGAGGCCAACGUUCUGAGUGGACUGAUGCUUGGAAAAAUGAUAAAGAGAAGCAAGGAGGAAAAGGCCUAUGAAGUAGACCAUUGGCGGGGGAAGGGGCCCUAAAUCUAAAUUUGUUUUCAUCCUCUCCCUCACAGAAAAUUCUACACCGGGUAGAAUGGACAUGAGUGGGAGGGGAUUGAAGCCUGAGACUGAGGAGACCAAAGGAGCUUGGUUGCUUUAAGUAAGCUUAAGCUCAGUUAAAUAUCUUUCUUAAUUAUACAGAGUUCAAACACCUCAAUAUAAAUCUCUAGAAAUAGGAAAUCAUUUGAAAACAAAAUAAUAGUGCUGACCUAAUAAAAGCCCCUUAUUUGUACGUUUAACAUCCCCCAUAAGACACAGAACUUUCUGGGGUCUGUUUACUCUGCUAAUGAUCAAUUUUGGCAGCCAACAUAGCUGGAAACAUAAUUCUGUUGCUUAAGUUCUACAUGCAACAAAAAUAAUCAGCAUUUAUUUUGUAAGCCACUGUUAGCCAUACAGAUGCUUUGGGAUUACCCCAUAUUGGGUAAUCGGUGCAUCUAAUUCCCUAUUAAUUAGCUUAAAUUUCUACUAUGUGUAUAUAGGAUAAAGGAGAGGAAAGAAGGAAGGAAGGAAGGAAGGAAGGAAGAAAGAAGAAAGAAAUUUCCUCCAGGAAACAGCAGUAAAAUUGCUGGGUCUACUAGGGAGGUGAGGGUUGGGGUUGGGGGGACACAUGCAGUGCAAAAUAUGAGGCUGAUCCUAAAGAGUCUGCUUGGUUAUAUCAAGGAAUUAGGACUUUAUUUUGAGGGCAUUUAGAGGCAUGGAAAGAUCUUAUGCUGGGAAGUGGUGCAGUCAGGGCUGAGUUCAUGGGAAGACUGGAUUGGCAAGGUUAAAGUAGAGCCAGGACACCAGUCAUGGGCUGGUGCAGCAGUGUUGGUGAGAGGUGACUGGGACCUGGACCAAGGCUGCAGGAGUGAAUGGAGGGGAGGAUGGCUCCCAGAGGCAUUCAGGGCAGGGAAGCAGAAGGACUCGGGGGUUAAUUAGAUGUUGAGAUGAGGGAACAGACAGUGGUUAAAGCUGACCGUGGUCAUGGCACUUUUGAGGCUCUCCAGAAAUCCUGGAGUCUCGUGUCCUGGCUUCUGGAGGACUGACCCUAUGUUAUCCCAGCAUAGCCAGCCUGAGAGAAACUAACUUACACGCCGCCAAAAAUGUGUAGGCAACUUUCACUUUCUACAUAGUGUAUAUGGGUACAUGGUCAUUCUCUGUAACUUUUAAUAGGAGGUUCCAAAGUAAUAACUUUAAUAAAACUUAAAUGAAACAUCUGGGAAAACCCUCCAAAUACCUUUAAGUGAUUAUAUUACUUUGGUUGAGCUCUAAGUAUGAAUUACUAUCUAGUAUCUGAUUGUCUCUCUCGCUUUGAAAAGACUAGUAAGAAUUUCUCAUUUGUUGACAUGAGAGCCAAAGCUCUGGAUCUUGUGUUUUUUUUUUUUUUCUUUUUUAUUCAUAAGAACCAACUUAUGCAUUUUAUGCCUAUGGAAUGACUUUCUAAUUUUUUUUCAGUUUUAUUGAGAUGGAGUUGACAUGCAGCCCUGUGUAAGUUUGAGAUAUAUACGGAAUAAUACAGAUGUUGGGAAGUGAUUAUUACCACAGUAAGCUCAGUUAACCUCAGUUAACAGCUGUCUCCUCACAUAGUUACAAAAAAUGUGUUUUCCUUGUGAUGAGAACUUUUAGGAUCUUCUCUUAGCAGCUUCCAAGUACACCACACAACGGUGGUAACUAGUCAUCAUGUGGUACAGUACAUCUCUAGCGCUUAAUUUAUCUUACAACUGGAAGUUUGUACCCUCUGACCACCUUCCUCCAAUUUUCCCACCCACCCCAUCCCACUCCCCAGGAUCUUGGGGAAACCUAAGAGGCUUCUUUCAAGGCUGGUCUGUGUGAGGCUACAUCAGGGUCUGGGUGCAGCCAUAGAGCAAAGCAGGCUCCUUUUCCCGGUGCCGAGCGGCUUCUGUGAACUUUUGACAGUUGUCAUGGGUGAUCAUCAAGUGGUUAAUCUUCCUUAGCAGAUGAAAAAUAAAGCAAGUUUUCCGUGGUUGCCAUGUCAACCCAAGGCCGGAUUCUGGAGGGCUCAGGGCAACAAUGUAGGAUUGAGGGAAUGCAGAAAAGCACGAGAAGAAAAUAGUGAUCACUUUAGUCCCACUCCCCAGAGACAACCAUGAACAUUUUGGGCUCUAUAUUUCUCAUCUUUUUCUCUGUGUAUUUAUGAUAUGUUCUGUAUACCUACUUUUAUUUGUACACAAAAGCAGGAUUAUAAUUUACAUGCUAUCUUGUUACCUCCCUAUAGCUAAAAUUUUUCAUAGCUGUUUCAAAGAAAUAAAGAGAAGGGGCGCCUGGGUGGCUCAGUCGGUUAAGCUUCCGACUCUUGAUCUCAGGUCUUGAUCGCAGGGUCGUGAGUUCAAGCCCCACGGGUAGCCUACUUAAAAAAAAAAAAAAAAGGAAUAAGGGGAAGGAAAAGAGCUUGUGAAAAUCCCAAGGUUGUAUUUGAAUGAAUAAGCUGUUCUUUUCUCAUUCAGAUUUAUCUGGCGUUUGAUUGUCUGUGACCGCCCAGUUACUUCAAGACACUUAGGUAUGAUGUAAAUGAAAUGAGAGUUGAAAGGGGAAAAGUCUCUGUAAACACAAUGCCCAUAGGCUAAUGUUACAUCUCUGCGCUCUGAGUGAUUGGAGAAAAUCUUCCUCUCUUUGCCUUUGCUGCCAAAGCAAAAGUUGUGAGCUUUUAUAAUUAGACAGUAAGACUGAAUUACUGUGAAUACUAGGUGGUAGUAUGAGAAAUAAUGGGAAAGAAUACACUUGCUGUAAUGACCUAAGUUGAUUAAAGUGACCUGAAUUGUUCAGAUCAAUUCUCUUGAAUUUAAUUAGUAUUUUUGUGUCAUUCAUUAUAGCGCACACAUAUUUUCUAUAUUUGAUUUCACUUGACUAAGGUUAAAUGGCCAAAUGUUCACUGUUAGGUCCAUUGUUUUCUUCUCUCUGUCAUUGUUAUAAAGAGAAAUCACAGCUUUUCACAUCCACCCUCCACAUCUUCCUAAAAUUUUAGGUAUCUAUAAAAACAGUUAAUGGAGCCUUAAUCAAUCAAUCAAAUGGUGGUCCAUUUGACCAAGGCCUUUCUAAAUGUCUCCACUAGCCCAUACCCUCCAAAUUUCUUGCACAGAGUAGGAUAUGAAAUUAAGUAAGGCACACAUUAAGGCCCCAUGAGCUUUAUUCUAAUAAUAUUUUCUUUGGUUAUGAAAGUGGAUUCUUGUUCAUUAGGUAUUACUAGAUUAAAAUAGAAUGGUGUAAGCACUUGGCAAACUUUGAAUCUUUACCGGGAGGACGAUGCUCCUCAGGACACAUUUCUGUUCAUACUCAAGGCCAGGGGUCGAUCAAAAGCAGCUGGGAAAAAUUUUUGCAAAUAAAUGAAUUAAGGUCUUACUUACUUUCUAUUCUAAACAACGAGGGUCUUUUUAAAGUUUAGUUAUGGGGACUCAUUGAAUAGGUGAGUUUAUGCUGUAUAAAUAAAAUGUGAACUAAAAAAUGUUAGUGCAAUUCACAUUUAUUUCUAUUUAGUGAUAAUAAAAUCAUGAACAUUUA